AAGUCGUUCUGCGUGUGCGCCUAACGUCGGGGCGGGACUUCCGUCCUCAUCCCCCUGGCGGUCUUUUUGCCUCUUUCACGCCUGUUCGUCCGCUAAUGUUCUGAAGCGUAGGUUCAGGUUCGAGGUGACUAACCGAGAAGGCGCGAGGGGAGGCGCUGUUCCCCGCCGCACACAGUUGGGUCCGCGGCAGGCGACACCGCCCGGGCUGCCCCGCGCCGGGGACCGGGACGGGGACCGUCGGCCGGGGUGUCCGCUCCGCCCACCCAGUCGGAUGGCGGCGGCCGCGCCCAGGGACCCGGCUGAGGGUAUUGUGACCUUUGAGGACAUUGCCGUGUCCUUCUCCUGGGAGGAAUGGGAUCUUCUUGAUGAGGCUCAGAGACACCUGUACCAGGAUGUGAUGCUGGAGAACUUGGCGCUUAUAACCUCCCUGGGUUGUUGGCAUGGAGCAGAGGAUGAGGAGGCACGUUCUGAGCAGAGCAUUACUGUAGAAGGAGUGUCACAGGUCAGGACUCCCAAGACAGGUCUUUUUCCCCAGAAGGCCAACCCCUGUGAGGUGUGUGGUCUGGUCUUGAAAGACAAUUUUCAUGCUGCUGAACACCAGGAAACACAAUUCAGUGAGAAACUGUACACUGGUGGGACACAUGGGAAAAGAUUUUAUUUUGGUGAAAACCUUCAGCAGCGGCUCAAGCAGCACGUGAGCGAAAAGCCCUUCGGAAACCACAUAAGCAGAGCUUCAGUGGUCAAGAACUGCAGCUUGCAGGUGUCAGGGAAGCCCUUUAUCUGCGGGGAGAUUGGGAAGGACUUCUUGGCCACCUCAGGAACCCUCCAGCAACAGGCCACAGGUUCUGGAGAGAAGUCAAACAAUGGAACUGAAUGUGGAGCGGCCUUCCACAUGGGAAAAACUCAACACCGCUGGGGAGACAGCACAGAAGCUUUCAGCCACAAGCAUACAUUCGUUCAACACCAGAGGGUUCGCCCUCGAGAAAGAUGUUACAUGUGCAGUGAAUGUGGGAAAUCUUUUAGCCAUAACUCUAGCCUUAUUAAACACCAGAGAGUUCACACAGGAGAAAGACCUUAUGAGUGUGGGGAAUGUGGAAAAUCCUUUAGCCAGAGCUCCAACCUCUUUCAGCAUCGGAGAGUUCAUACUGGAGAAAGGCCUUAUGAGUGCAGUGAAUGUGGGAAAUCUUUCAGCCAAAGCUACAGCCUCAAUAACCAUCGGAAGGUUCACACUGGAGAAAGGCCAUUUGAGUGUGGAGAAUGUGGCAAAUCCUUCAGUCAAAGAUCCAACCUCAUUCAACAUCAGAGAAUUCACACUGGAGAAAAGCCCUAUGAGUGCAGUGAAUGUGGGAAGUCCUUUAAUCAAAGCUCUGCGCUCCUGCAGCACCAUACCGUUCAUACUGGAGAACGGCCCUAUGAGUGCAGUGAAUGUGGGAAAUCCUUUACCUACAAUUCCAGUCUUUUAAAACACCAGAAAGUCCACACGGGAUCAAAGCCUUAUGAGUGCAGUGAAUGUAGGAAAUCUUUUAGCCAGAAUUGCAGUCUUGUUCUCCAUCUGAGAGUUCACACUGGAGAAAGGCCUUAUGAGUGCAGCAAAUGUGGAAAAUCUUUUAGCCAAAGCUCUGCACUCCUUAAGCACCAGAGAGUUCACACUGGAGAAAGGCCAUAUGAGUGCAGUGAGUGUGGGAAGUCCUUUAGGCGAAGCUCCAACUUCAGUGACCAUCGGAGAGUUCAUACUGGAGAAAGGCCAUAUAAGUGUAACCAAUGUGGGAAAUCCUUCAGUAAGAGCUCUGGCCUCACUCGACACCAGAGAGUUCAUAGUGGAUUGGGCAUUAUAAAUAUGAGUGAGAAAGCCAUUAGCCGAAGCCCUUACCUCAUUGAUUACCACACAGUACACAUGGGAAGUACAACUUAGAUAUGUACAACAUGUAUUUCCUUGUUCAGUAUAACAACAUCGAGGAGAUCUCUUUUGAGGGUACCAUCUGCCUAAAUUGAGCCUCAUACAUCCAGACAGCAAAAUAAAUUCCAGGUAUGUAGAACUGUGUUGCAUGUUUCAGCUGAGACCCAUGUGAGUUUUUAUUAUGUUGAUUCUGUAGCAGCAGCCGUUCACCUCUCCCCUGUGGGUGCCCGCAUUUGUGUCAUUAAGCACAGUGACGUGUUCAGCAAAGUAAACCUUAGUGUUUUCCCAUUCCCUGGGUAAAUGUGAAAAGCCAGGGUACUCAUUCUUUUCUCUCUGAUUAGUUAGGGCAUGGAUGCCUCCGUUGUGUUCCAGAGGACUCCAUCUGCUGGUGGCCUGAAAAGUCAGCUUUUUUAGGGAUAUUAUUGGUCUGAUGACUCUUGUGAUGAAAUUUGCAGCCUCCAACUCACCAACCAAGGAACAGCCUUCCUGUGUAUUCUGGUUUAUGUUAUAACAGAGGCCUUGUUGUGUAAGACAACUUUAUCUUAAGGAUUAGAUUCACUUCAUGGGGUGGUUUCAGAAUGACAGGAGAAACAGGUGCUAUGGUCGCCCCAAUCUUUGUGUGCAUCAAGGGGAUGGAAGGAUGGUAGUUUUCUCUCUAAUUUGGCCCUUGUUUGCAUUGUUGCCCAAGGCUUCUAAGAAGAUUCUAUAAGGUUUUGUGGUUAGAUUGUAGCCUGGAUGCAGGAUGUUUCGUGGUGUCAGCACUUGCCCUGAAAAGAGGGCAGUUGUAACAACCUCUGCUACUUCUGGGGACAACAUAGUAUUGUUCUCUUGUUUGCAGGGGAUACUGCAUUGUGCCCAGCACUGGUGCAGGAAAUGUUCCUAGGCUCUGCAAAGGAGUGAUGUACUCUGAUGCCCAGAAUUCUGUGUGGUAGUGUCACUGGCUGAAAAAUGAUAGGGGGAUCAUAACUGUACACAAAUGGUGGAUUAACAGAGAGGCCAAGAGAACACGACAAACUGGUUAAAAUGUGCCUCUUUUAAAGGCUGCCUGCUGUUGUUCGGUCAGUAUGGCUGUGAAGGAUGAGCCAGUACAGAAAUUCUCAGAUCCUUCUGAACUAUGAAUCUUGUGUAGCUGAGGGCCUUAGAAAAAUCAUCUAAUGGGGGGUUCCUGGGUGGCUCAGUUGGUUAAGUGUCCGAUUCUUGGUUUCGACUCAGGUGAGGAUCUCAGGGUUACAAGAUCAGGUCCUGGGUACAGAUCAAGCCUCAGUGCGAAGCCUGCUUGGGAUCCUCUCCCCUCUCCCUGUGCGUCCCCACACAUCCACAUUCUCUCACUUGCACGCCCUCUCUCUAGAAAGAAGUCUAACAGUUUUACAGAUUCCUGUAGCUUCUCUGCAAUGUGCACCUUAAGGUCAUUGCAACACAGGAAGGAAAACAAAGAUAGAAGGAAGGAGGAUCUCAGUCCAGCAGUGCAGGCUUUACACAGCUUGCUUUCCCGAUGACUCAGGUGGACAUGGCUUUCGUUGCUUUCCUGUAUUGCUGCCACUGAGGCAAGGUGCUGAUCCCAGGGCAUUACAAGGGAUAUGGUGGGGUUUGCCAAACUUUUUUUUGAAAACUUUUUUUAUAUUGUAAUGCCUUUUCAGAAUAGUUAAUAAAUAAUAAAUUGUCCAUAUUUACACUGUUUCAUUUGAUUAUUUUUGACAUUCAUAUAAACCCAUGAAACCAUCAUCACAAUCAUAGUAGUGUGCGUAUAUAUCACCCCGUAUUCAUUCGUGCCCUUUAAUUAUUAUGUCUUUCUCUCUGCCCUCCAGGCAAACAUUGAUUCACUUUCUUCCACAAUAGAUUAAUAUGUAUUUUCUGCAAUUUUACAUGAUUGAAAAUAAAAUGUUUUGGGUUUUUUUCCCCUAUGUGUCCUUAUGUGGUAUAUUAUUUAUUUUGAGAUUUGUCAAUGGACCUGUGUAUUUAGUUCAUUCUUUUGAUAUUGUCAAGAAAUGUAAUGUUCUGUGGAUUAACCACUAUUUGUUUAUUUACUCGUCUUUUUCAGAUAUUUGAGUUGUUUCUGGUUUGGGGCAUUAUCAAACAGUUAUUAUAGAUACUUGAUUCUUAAAUUUACGAUUCUUUAUAUGGAUAUGUUUCAUUUCUCUUGUAUUAAUACCUCAGAGCACAAUGCCUGAGUUGCAGGGCUGCAAUUUUGGGACUGUUUAAAUGAGGUCAUUCUCAUGAGAACUCUUACCUGAUAGCUCCCUGUGAAAAGAUGUGUUAGUUAUGGGCUGAAUUGUAUGUUCCCAAAAUGAUAUAUUGAAGUCCUAAUCUCCAGUACCUCAGAAUAUCACUGAGUUUGGAAAUAGGGUUUUUAAAAAGGUAAAAUAAAGGCAAUACUGUGGACACUAAUCCACUGUGACUAGUGUCAUUGAGAGGAAAUUGGUACGGAGACAGACAGAGGGAAGAUCAUGUGAAGACAAGAAGAAAAUGCCCACCCACAAGCCAAGGAGAGAAGUGUCAGGAGAAUUCAGUGCUGCUGACACCCUGAUCUCUCAUAUCUAGCCUCCAAAUUUGUGAGAAAAUACACUUCUGUUGUUUAAGCCACCCAGUCUGAAGUAAUGUGUUAUGGUGGCCUUAGCAAAUCUUAGGGGGGCCCUCAGCAUCUGGGAAGGAGAGGGUCUGCAGGGCACCCUAGGGUCAGAGGAAGGAUGUGAUUACAAUCUGUAGAGUAGUUGGGACCAGAAGGAGAGAUGGGCUUGGAAUUGAUUCCUCCAUCCCCACCUUUCACUGGAGGUCACAAAGAAAUUUGCCGUCCAGCCAUGUAAAAUGGAGAUCAUCACCAGAACCGCCUCUGGGGCUAUUUGAGGAUGUAAAGAGCUCAUGGCCCAGGAAGGGGGCUCAGAUGGAGAACUUUUAAGAGUGACAGUUGUCCUCAGGGGUGGGGAGCGGGAUCAGCAGUGCCUUUGGAGAGGGGGGCAAAAGACCACUGGGGUGAAUAUUGGGGUGUUUAUACCUGACGGGCCUUGCAGGGGCUGAGGUUGAAGUGAGGGGGCAGGUAAGGUUCCCACCUGGCUCUUCCUGAAGCUCUGAUCCCUACUGAACAAUCCCAAGCUAGUGGGGGACAAAUAAGGACUGCACGGCUUGGACCAUGCACACAUCACCAUGGGGCCCUGGAUAAGUGGUGGCCACACCUCAAGGGCCCCUUGAACACCUUCAGAUGGAUUUUAUCCAGCUUCUACCCUCCAUGGGACUUGAAUAUGUUUUACUUAUUGUAUGUCCAUUUGCAGAGUGGGUUAAAGCAUUUCUUAGCUGAAAAGCUGCGGCUGUUAUAGUCACUGAAAAGCUGAUUGAUUUUGUUUCCAACCCUGUGUCAUCCCACUGUUUACAUCUACAUUAAGUGGUCAUGUCACACUUUGUAUAAACUCUAUUUUAUCACUCAACAAUCCUCUAGGAAAGUUGAACUGACCACUGCCAUUGUUAACAUCAGCAGAACUUUCAGAAACCUUUGAGCUCCCCUGGCCAAAGGUAUUCUCUCUAGCCUUAUGGCCAUGUCAUCCACUCACUCAUUUAUCCUCCUAUGAAUUACUAAGUGGAAGACUCAUGAUGUGUCUAGGGAUUUCAUUUCCAGUACUAGUCCUGCUCUGCUAUAUGCAGACAUAGCAAAUGUUAUCAGGGACUCAUGUACCAUACCCAGUCCUAUCACUAACUGAUUAAGGGCGCCUUCUGAA